AUGGUCCUCAAAAAGUCUAUGCACUGGAAAAUGAUGGACAUGCAUGUGCAACCAGAAUACCUGAAGCAACUCUCUUUACUUUCAGGGAACACCCUUUUGCCAGUUCUGGAGGAGUUUCACCUCUCUUCCACAACAAGAGAAGUGGGCAUCAGCAUUGAGGUGUUGUCCUCACUGCCACUUCUUCAAUGUGCCUAUCUCUCCUGCCUAUUUGAGAUCUCUGACAAGCCUUUCAAUGCAAGCUCCCUGACACAUUUCUCAGCAAAGCUGCACCAUUUGGCAGACAUCUGGUACAUCACUCAGAUGUCCACACUCAUCGAAUGUCAUAUCCACCUUCCAAAACACUCCACUAAUCUGGAUAGACCUAUGGUUCCCAGAAAUAUCUUACCAGUUCAAAUAGAACAACUCAAGUUCUUAAUGGUCAAUGAUGCAAACAUACUUGAUGUUAUUACUACACCAUCGUUGAGAGUAUUCAAAUAUCUCUCAGACAUCACAUUGGACACAUUGGACGAAAAUGAAAUCGAUCGUGAGAGUCAUUCUCUUCAGGCUUUUCUAGCACGAUCAGCUUGCUCUCUCAAAUAUUUGGGUGUCGGGCCAGCGCUUUUUGAAAAGAUUAGCCAUCUCAAAGCAUAUAACAAUGUCGACUCACUCUCCAUAUCAUUUGAAGGGAACGAUCAUACCGCAUCGCUGUUAGACCAGUUGGCCAUACCCGGAACCCUUUGUGCUUUGAAACGAUUGAGCCUCAGUGUCAAUGCUGGUAUUUAUUGGGGACAAAAAUAUGGUAAAAGGGUUCUCGAUGUCGUGCGCCUACGGUUUAACAAGGAGCAGGCUGUAGCUUUGGGUGUCACAAAGCUAUCCCUCCUGGAUAUAAUGUGUGCUGAUUGCGAGAUCAUCAAUCAGCUGAAUGACCAAGGGCUUGGCAUGCUUCGGGAGGAAGGUUUUGGGUGGCACGACAGAUACACUUUACCUAAGGGAAGACAAUUUCUGGACUGGGUGGUGGUUGAGCAGUGACCAUGCACUAC